AAUUAAAUCGAUAAUCAAUUGUAAUCAUUUCCCAAUAACACUACCGGCUUAUUAAACGAAUCAACUGAUGGCGGAGUGUAUCGAUUCACUAUUUAUCUACAACAUAUUCAUAAUGACAACGAGUGGAAUCCUCGUCAUGUGCUUUUGCAAGAAGACGCCUCCUAUGAGCCAGUGUCCGGUGCGACCAAUGACGAUGUCGAUGAGAGAGGCGCAGGUAUCUGAUGUGAUGGCGGACAGUACGCGGACAGCGAUGGACAAUCAGAAAAAGAGCAAGAAGAAGAAGAGCAAGGAGCCAGCCAAGAAGAAGAAGAAAUCGGCGGAUUCUUCGCAGAAGGUCUCGAAGAAGAAGAAGAAGUCGAGCAAAUCGAAGAAGUCGGCGGAGAAGAAGAAGCCCGAGGUGGUGGCGGCAAUGGAUCCGGAUGUCAAGUCUACGCAGAGAUCAGCGGAACGUAGUGAGCAGCCGGAUCAAACGGCUCAAACCAAAACCGCCAAAAGCGGCAAAGAUGUGGCACCAGCCGCUGCUCAGACUCCUGCUCAGGAUCAAGGUCCACUCCGAUCCCAGCCUGUCGGCCUUCCAAUGGCACCUGGAAUCAAAUCGAUGACGGCAUUCUAGUACUUGAACUUGAUUAAUGAAAUAAAUGAUUCUUUGUGA